AUGGAUGCGGAGCGGGAGCUCCGGGAUCUGAACAAGGCCAAGGCCAAAGCCCAGAGGGACCGGCAACCGCGGGAGGAGGCCGCCCUGUGCCACCAGCUGGGCGAGCUGCUGGCCAGCCACGGCCGCUUCGCGGAGGCGCUGCGGGAGCACCAGCAGGAGCUCCUGCUGUUGGAGAGCGUGGACGACCGCCUGGGCUGCGCUGUGGCCCAUCGCAAGGUCGGAGAGCGGCUGGCCGAGCUGGAGCGUUAUGACGCUGCUCUGCAGCACCAGCACUGCUACCUGCAGCUGGCGGAGGCACUGUCCAACCACAUCGAGCUGCAGAGGGCCUGGGCCACCAUUGGCCGCACGCACCUGGACAUCCAUGACCACUGUCAGUCCCAGGAGGCCUUGCUGCGGGCCCAGGAGGCCUUUGAGAAGAGCCUGGCCAUUGUGGAUGAGAAGCUGGAGGGAACAUUGGCACAGCGGGAGCUGAGCGAGAUGAGGACCCGGCUGUACCUCAACUUAGGCCUCACUUUUGAAAGCCAGCAGGAGGCGACCCUGUGCAGCGAGUUCUUCAAGAAGAGUAUCUUUCUCGCAGAGCAGAACCACCUCUAUGAGGACCUGUUCCGGGCCCGCUACAACCUGGGUGCCAUGCACUGGCGCCGGGGACAGCACUCCCAGGCCAUGCGCUGUCUGGAGGGUGCCCGGGAGUGCUCGAGGGUGCUUCGAAAGGGCUGCAUGGAGAGUGACUGCUGCCUGCUCCUCUCUCAGGUGCUCCAGGACUUAGGGGACUUCUUGGCUGCCAAAAGAGUCCUGAAGAAGGCCUAUAGACUGAGCGGCCAAAAGCCAUCGCAGAAGGCAGCCAUCUGCCGGGCCCUCAAGUAUGUGCUGGCGGUGAUUCGGCUGCAGCAGCAGCAGGAGGAGCCUGAGGGGAGUGACCCUCAGAGUGCCAUGGGCAUCUGCGAGCAGCUGGGGGAUCUGUUCUCCAAGGCAGGCGACUUCCCCAAGGCGGCAGAUGCAUAUCGGCAGCAGCUGCACUUGGCAGAGUUGUUGAACAGGCCUAGGCCCGAGCUGGCCGUCAUCCAUGUGUCCCUGGCCACCACCUUAGGAGACAUGAAGGACCACAGGGGAGCCGUGCACCACUACCAGGAGGAGCUGCGGCUUCGAGGCGGCAAUGCCGUGGAGGAGGCCCAGACCUGGCUGAACAUUGCGUUGUCCCGGGAUGAGGCGGGCGAUGCCUACGAGCACCUGCUGCCAUGCUUCCAGGAAGCGCUGGACUGUGCACAGCGGGCCCAGCAGCCACGGCUCCAGAGACAGAUUCUGCAGCACCUCCUCACUGUGCAGCUAAGACUGCAGCCCCAGGAUGCCCCCAGCACUGAGGCCGAGCUUCAGGGACUAAGCGGAGGAGAGGAGGAAGAAGAUGAGGACGAGGACAAGGACAGCAGCAGCCCGGAGGCCAGCGAACUGGAACUGUCUGAGAGUGAGGAGGAGGGCAAGGGUACAUCUUCACCGGGGCAUAAGCAGCAGGAUGACGAGGAGUUCCAGGGCCCACGGCAGAGGAACAACAAGUGGAACCGGCGCAAUGAUGUGGGUGAGACGCUGCUUCACCGAGCCUGCAUUGAGGGCCGGCUUGGCCGUGUCCGGGACCUUGUGAGGCAGGGUCACCCCGUGAACCCUCGGGACCACUGUGGAUGGACACCCCUGCACGAGGCCUGCAACUAUGGACACCUGGACAUUGUGCGCUUUCUGCUGGACCAUGGGGCCUCUGUGGAUGACCCGGGUGGGCCAGGCUGUGAGGGCAUCACCCCUCUGCACGACGCUCUCACCUGCGGGCACUUCGAGGUAGCUGAGCUGCUUAUUGAGCGAGGGGCGUCAGUCUCUGCCCGGACCAAGAAGGGCCACCGCCCACUGGAGACUCUGCAGCAGUGGGUGCAACUGUAUUGCCGGGACCUGGACCAGGAGACCCGGGAGAAGGCCAGCGCCAUGGAGCGGCAGCUGCGGGCAGCCUCUGCUGACACAGACCCCCCCAGAUCCCCAGUUUUCCACGACUUCCCGGGCAGCUGUCUCUUUGACCCUGAAAACUCGCCUCCCUUGAGCACUGGCCCUACACCCCCAGACACUCCACAGGGAAUCACCAGAGUGACCCAGGGACAGGCGACGCUGGCCACAGCCAGGACUCGGAGGAACUGGCAGCAGCGGGCUGGGGGCAGCAGUUCGGAGGGGGAAGACAGCCCAAGACCCUUCCGGCCGGCUCGCAAGAGACAGCGGCUCAAGGCUCGUCUGCCUGGCCACACAGAUCCGAAACCAGUGGGAGGUGCUGCGGGCAGGAGGCAGGACCGUGUUGCCCCAUCUGCGCUGGUCCCAGAGGAGGAGUGCCUAUCUGGGGACUGGCUGGAGGUCGACACACCCUGCUCCCUGGGCCCCAGGGACAAUGGCUUCUCUGAGGACAGCAGUGACCACAGCCCUGUCAGGCCCAGGUCCCGGGGUCGGAAGACCCACCCCCAGCUCGAGAGCCAAAGCACCCUGGACACGCCCGACAGAAACAGCAGCUCAGCCUCAGGACCCUCUGUGGGCACAGCCGUGCAGCCUGGGGGUUCCAUUCUGCCCGUGCCCAUCCGGGUUAGGGUUCGGCUUCGGGACGAUCUUUUCCUCAUUCCCAUUCCACAUAGCAGUGAGACCCAGUCUGUGGACUGGCUGGCCAAGCAGGCUGCCCAGCGCUACCACCAGGCAUGUGGGUUGCUGCCACGGCUCACCCUGCGGAAGGAGGGGGCCCUGCUGGACCCCAAAGACCCCAUCGUAGAUGUGCUGCAAAACAACGAGGAGGUGCUGGCCGAAGUGACGUCCUGGGACCUGCCACCUUUGAGUGAACGAUACCGCCGGGCCUGUCAGAGCCUGGAGCAAGGAGAGCAUCAGCAGGUGCUCUGGGCCACGGAGCUCCAGGGCUCAACUCCUGCCUUCAGCGCCUGCAGCCUGGCCUUGCGCCAGCCUCAGUUCACCCCCCUCCUGCGGGCACUCAAACUGCACACUGCACUGCGGGAGCUGCGCCUGGCAGGAAACCGACUCGAUGACACUUGCGUCCCUGAUCUGCUGGCCACUCUGAGCACCGUGUCCAGCCUCACCCUGCUCGACCUGUCUUCCAAUCACCUGGGCCCCGAGGGCUUGCGCCAACUUGCCAGUGGCCUCACAGGCAUGGCCUCCUCACAGAGCUUGGAGGAGCUGGACCUAAGCAUGAAUCCCCUGGGUGAUGGCUGUGGGCCUACCUUGGCCUCUCUCCUGCGGGCCUGUCCUGAGCUCAGCACACUGCGUCUGCAAGCCUGUAACUUUGGCCCCCAAUUGUUUCUGCGCCAUCAGGCAGUCCUCGGCAGUGCCCUCCAGGGUGCCCAGUGCCUGAAGACACUGUCUUUGUCCUACAACGCCCUGGGCCCCGCUGCACUGGCCAGGGCACUAGAGAGCCUGCCCGCCAGCACCCUUCUGAACCUGGAGCUCAGCUGUGUGGUGGCUGACCCGCAUGACCCAGGCCUCAUGGAACCAGUGACUGUGUACCUGACCAAGGACCACUGUGCCCUGACACAUCUGAGCCUGUCUGCAAACCAUCUGGAUGAUGAGGCUGUGAGAGCCCUGAGCAGGUGUCUCCCCAAGUGCCCCUCGCUCUUCUCCCUGGACCUGUCUGCCAACCCCAGGAUCAGCCGUGCUGGCUUGGAGCAGCUCCUGUCAGCUCUGGAGGCGCGUAGCCGGGGGCUCCGCUUCCUGAGUCUUUCUGGUUGCUCCAUCCAGGGCCCCCUGGGCCAAGACCUGUGGGCCCGGAUCGCAGCGCAGCUGCUGGAGCUGCAGCUGUGCAGCCGCCGCCUCGCUGCCGAGGACUGGGACGCGCUGCAGCAGCUUCUGCCGCCGGGCACCGAGCGCCCCCGCAAGCUCUUCUUCCGGCGCGUCUGACCCCGCGCGGCCUCCGUCCCGCCAAAGCCCCCUAAUAAAAGACGCUGCACUCC